AUGGCAUCAGGAGAUACAAAGACAAGCCUCACAAAUGCCUAUCCCUCUGCCAAGAGGCUGUCCCUUCAGGAGGAGGAGGAGGGAGAGGCUGAGGACUACUGCACCCCUGGAGCCUUCGAGCUGGAGCGCCUCUUCUGGAAGGGCAGUCCCCAGUACACUCACGUCAACGAGGUCUGGCCCAGGCUUCACAUUGGUGAUGAGGCCACAGCUCUGGACCGCUACGGGCUGCAGAAGGCGGGAUUCACGCACGUGCUGAACGCCGCACAUGGCCGUUGGAAUGUGGACACUGGUCCCGACUACUACCGCGACAUGGCCAUCGAGUACCACGGCGUCGAGGCUGACGACGUGCCCACCUUCGACCUCAGCGUCUUCUUCCACUCGGCUGCCGCCUUCAUCGACUCCGCGCUCCGAGACGACCACAGUAAGAUCCUGGUUCACUGCGCCAUGGGCCGAAGCCGGUCAGCGACCUUGGUCUUGGCCUAUCUGAUGAUUCACAAGAACAUGACCUUGGUGGACGCCAUCCAACAAGUGGCUAAGAACCGCUGUGUUCUGCCCAACCGGGGCUUCCUGAAGCAGCUCCGAGAGCUGGACAAACAGCUGGUGAAGCAGCGGCGGCAACAGGCUGGGGCAGGGGAUAGUGAGCUGGGGCGGUAA